AUCCUUCUAUUUCAAUCAUGUUCUUUUGUUCUUUAUCUGCGAUCUUCUUUUAGUACUGUUGAAUCUCGAUGUUUCUUUCUUCAUUUUGGUGUUUUCUUGUGUUUUCUUUUCUGGGUUUGUUCUGAAUUUUGGAUUGGAUAAUGGAGAUCUCUUGUUGGGGCUUGGGUAUUCGGUGUUUUGGAUUUCUUUGUUGGGUUUGAUUGAAUUGGGGAUUUGGACUCUGGAUUCUUGGAUCUGUUCUGUAGGGAAAUGAUUUCGGUUGAUAGUUUUGAUCUGUUGUUGUUUUUGUUAAAACGAAGAUUUGGGUCUCAUUUUGGAAUUUGACUAAUUGUUAAUGUGUCCUCAGUUUCUCCACUUCCUAUGUUUGUGCAUGAAUUGUUGAUUUUCUUUCCCCCAAUUGUUUGAUCCUUAUUGAUCUGGGUUUUGUUUCCGGAUUCAUCAUUCUUAGGUUUUGGAGUUCGUUUUUGGUGGAUAAAUUGUUCUGAUUUAAACAUUUCUAAAGCGUAGUAUAGAUUGGCAAUUCUUUUCGUUUUCCCUGUAAAAGCCGUCAAAACUCUUGUGGAGGUUGGAUGUGGAGGAAGUAUUUUAAUUUCUUAGAUGCAGGGAAAUUGAUGUUAAAUCAAUGACAUGCAGAAUUCGUAAACAGUCAUUUGUUGUCUGUAUAUUUUGUAACUCAUUACGUUUUUAUCACAUUCAAUGUAAGAAUUAAAAGUUUUUGCGUUCAUCAUCUUUCCAUCUGAAUCGAAUUUUGUGUUUCUGAGUUUUGCUCCAUGAGUGCAGAAUAGUUUGUGGUAUCUCUCCAUAUCGAAAAUUUAUUUUUCUCACUUUCUCAUUUUGCCUUCGAUCCUGAAAGUUAUUAAUUGGGUGUCCACGAAAUCUUCCAUAGUGAAGAAAAAAAAAAGGGAGGGAAAUGCUUUUAGAUGGAAGGGAAGAUGCCAUAAUCUUUUAUCUUACUAUUUUUCUUGUGAUGUAAUUGCAUGUCUGUUAUGAAUUCUAGGUUAUAUUAUAUACACAAAGAAUACUAGAGCAAAUGGCGGUGUUGUUUCUCAUAAACAAUGGCAUGCAAUUUUUUCUAUUUUGUUAGUUAUGUCAAGCUAGUUUUCCUCAGAAUUCCUAAGAGAUUGUGUAACCGGCUUGGUUACAUCUUGUAGAGCAUUAGUUGUGCAUUUUAGUUCUCUUGCUAUGGGUGGAUGAAACUCAUUAGUUCUUGAAGUUGUUGCAUUUGUGAUUUUUUCCCUAGUUAAUUUAUAAAGUAACUGGCCUUACUGUAUGGAAAUGUUUGUGGCUCUUCUCAUUCAGCGAAUGUGAAAAGUUACUUGAUCUUGGAAGAUGCCGGUGUCAAAAUCCAAGUCCGCCUCCAAGGAUAAGUCUUCUGCAAGGGCUGCUUCUAAGAAACAGCUGAAGGCUUCAAAAACCUCUGCUUCUAAAAAUUCAAACAGGAGUUCAGCAGCCACCACUGCUCAAAAUCCAGUUGAUGAAGUGGUUCAUACGGUUGAAAUAUCGUCAACACUAACCACUUCCUCGUUGCACUCUGACAAUGGUCACUUCCAGAACAUGGAAGAUGUGGAUGACCACUCAAGCAGUCCACGGGGUACAGCAUCUGAUUUUGAUCUGUCUUCUAACAAUGGUAGUUGCUCGGGUGAGUCGGAGGAUCCAAAAGAGAAGACAGUUGAUUCUUCGAACCAGCAAGAGAGGACAUCUGGAUGUGACCAUGAGAAACGGGAGAAGAUUCGACUAAAGAAUGAGAAGAAACACCAGAGACAGAAAGAGAAACGGGCUCAGGAGUUGCAUGAACGAUGCAAAGGCUAUCUAAUGUCUAGAAAGCUCGAAGCUCUUUCUCAGCAACUGGUUGCUAUGGGGUUCUCUCCGGAAAGAGCUACCAUGGCACUAAUAUUAAACGAGGGUAAGCUAGAGGAAUCAGUCGCCUGGCUCUUUGAAGUAAACGAGGAAGAACCCCGGAACAAGGACGCUGCUAAUAUUAUGAGUGGGAGUAACUUGAAGAUUGAUAUUAGCAGUGAACUAGCUCAUAUUUCGUCUCUUGAAGCACAGUUUAAAUGCUCAAAGCAGGAGGUUGAAAGAGCCGUAGUUGCUUCUGGUGGUGAUCUUGAUAAGGCGGAAGGCAUUCUAAGAGAACAAAAGCAGAAAGAAUCUAUCAGUCAGUCGAAUCACGAAGUAGUUGGUGAAACAAAUAGUAUGGCAAGAGCUCAAGAAAUGCCUGGGUCUGCACCAGUCUUUACAAUGCAAUUGAGUAAAAACGAUCGAGAGUUUAGCCAUAAUAGUCCUGCAAUGACGGUACCAGCAUGGUUAGAAGCAGGCAAUAGGAGCAUACAGCAGUCUUUGAAGACGUCAGAUCAACCGAGACUGCUAAGGGGAGGGGAGAAGAGGUGGCCUGCUGUAGGAUCAGGCCUUUCUUCGUCAACUUUGAUUCCACCAUUGCCUGUAGUUACUUCUCAUCCAUAUGUAAGGGCAGAGUCUCAAAUUGGUGUUUCUAAAAACGAAGCCAUCAAUCUUCGGCGAGAGAUGCCGGAGCAGCCAGUAGAGCCAGUUGUUUUUAUGCAGCAGCAGCCUCAAUCCAUAAAUGGUUUGCAAAACUCAGUUUCCAGUCCCAUGCUUCCUGGAACAACUCCAUGGUAUUCAAACAAUGCUCCAACUAUAAAAAAUAUAAUCUCAAGUGACAAAUUGUUGCACAACCAUAGCAGGAUGAUCCUUGGUGCAGAAAAUAGAAGGCUAGAACAGAUCUACCAUCAGGUUGUUCAUAAUCAACCACAAUUCAUGUCUGGUCCAGUUGAAAUGCUAUCGUCAGGGCUAGAUGUAUCGUGGGCGAAAGAGAAUGCGGCUUCGUCGCACUCGCUUCCUUCCGAAGCGCAAAGUUUGUGGAAAGCUGGUGGUGGAACUCUAUCUUCAUUUGCAGUCCCAUCUUCCUAUGGAUCGAGUUCAAACCUCAGCCAAGGAUCAUCAGCACAAACGACAGGGUUAUUGUCACAGAUGGACUGGAAUAUCGGAGGGUUGAUGCCGUACUGCGAUUACGACAGAAUAGACUGGACUCUGCAUAGCCCGAGUUCGCGAUCGAGCGAGAUGUCUCCAGGAUUUUCAUCCUCGUUGAGGAACGGUUCUGGAAUGAGGCUGUGUGAACUUGGGAUGCAGGGUGGGGGGGGAGGUGUAAAAGAUGUGUCAGGUUCAGGUGGAUUGCGCGAUUGGACUUCACCUUUUGCAGGAAAUGAUCUAUUCAGUGCACCCAGGCAGCUUGUUACAUCUCCAUUUCCUUAGGUUUUGGGGAGAUAUAAGUGUAAACAUGUGUGCCUGAUUGUUGUUACUAUGGACUUUCCCUGUUGUUUAUUUGUAGUUUGCCAAAUGAAAGAAGGUGCAUCAACUAGUGUGGCUAAUAAUCUUAUUGUGUUUCUCC